AUGCCAUCGAUACUCAGACGAUCUCGUCGGCGUGAAUUAAUACUCACGAAGUCAUUCAAGAACGCGAUUCAGGAAAAGUCAAUAUACUGCAGUUCAUCCGUCGUCGAUCGCACCAAUUUUCCUUCCUCGCCAUCACCUUCAAAAUCCCCAGACUUCGCUCGCCCUUCUCUAACAUUAUCUCUAUACCGUAGUCCGAUCUCCAACCUCCAACAUCAUCCCAUUCACACCCUCCCUCCAGAGCUUCUCAUUCGCGUAUUUGAGCUGGGCUCGUUUGAUGAUGCCUUAUUUCUUAUCACGAUUUCGCAUGUCUGCCACCCAUGGAGGAUGCUUGCGAUACACACGCAUACCCUCUGGCGGCGCCUGUCGUUUGAUUCUCAUGGAUUACGUCUGUGGAAGGAACGCAUAGCCCGCGCCCGUGGGUGUUCCCUCGACAUUACAAUCACACCUCCGCAGCACCGUUUUCCCGAUAUAGACGCGUUAGCCCUGCAACUGCAUCUUAUUGUCCCACACAUAUCCAGAGCCCGCUCCUUUGAGCUGCGGUUCUCAAGUUACUCGCCGUUCCUAUGGAACACUGCCCUCGGCCCUAUAUGCCAUCAAGAGCAACGGGACAAUGAUAGCAUGGGCGCACAUACUUGUGCUCCGUUUGUGCACGCGCUGCGACUGGAGAAACUUACUCUCUGUUUUCCAGAGAAUGAUGACUCAAAGGAGUUUGGUCUUUUCGCAGGCGUUGCGCCUCGGUUGCAUCACGUCACGCUUGAUGGCAUUCGCCUGACCUGGCUGCCAGGGCUUUAUGGACGCCUCACACAUCUCGACUAUACUCAUCACGGAUUCACAACUGGAUCAAUCGCCGUAGGUGAAGUUUUAGGGAUGAUUCGAAUUUCAUGCGCACUGCGCGAGCUUCGCAUAUGCUUUAGGAGAAGAAUGCUGGAUGGAGAAGUUCUGUGCCUAUCUCACGACGGUGUUCCUGCAGGACAGAUUCACCUUCUGCAGCUCGAGCGGCUUGUUCUUGCUGUCGACAAAUCGGAUAUCAACAUACCUCCCGAACUUACAUCACUCUUGUCCCGCCUUUCUGUACCCAACCUUCGCGAACUACAUCUGGUUGACCUUCGCUGUCAACCCGCUAAUAGACGCUGGUGGAAGUCAGCGCCAUUUCCCGGACUCAGAGCCGCCCUGAGCCUUUUUGAAGUCACAAUACCAUCCAGCAUCAAGGUUCUGGCGAUGGCGGGUCGCUGGGCAGAUCACUCCUCCAUUCUUUCCCUCGCGAAACGUUUCAGAGAACUUCGCAAUUUGGAAGUGGAUGGUGUUGAAAAGGACCUUGUUCACAUGUAUUGCCUUAGUGGAGAUUUGCCACUGCAUGAUGGAGCGUGGAUAUGA